UCCCCUAGAGAAAAACAUGUCACUCUAGUCAACGCCCAUGGCUUCCACCGAGAAUUCCCCAUCCCCACCCAUGGCGUCCACCUCCGUCGUCACCCUCAACGUCGGCGGCGAGCUCUUCCAGACCACCGCAGCCACCCUCUCCCGCGCAGGCGCUUCCUCCCCUCUCGCCUCCCUUGGCCCCUCACCCGCCGACGCGCCACACUUCCUCGACCGCGACCCUCGCCUGUUCGCCGGCAUCCUCUCCUUCCUCCGCAGUGGCCGCCUCGCGUCUCCUCCUCCCUCCGCCGCUCUCCUCGCCGAGGCUCGGCACUUCUCACUCGACGGCCUCCUCCUCGCCUCCCUCUCCCCGGCGUCCACCUUCUCCCCCCUCUCUCUGCGCCCCACCGCCCUCCUUCCCCUCACCGGCCGCGUCGCUCCCUCCGCCGUGGCCAUAUCCCCCUCCCCGCACGCGGCCUCCCUCGUCGCCGCGCACGGCGGGGUCGUCACCAGCUUUGACGCCGUGCUCGCCUCCCGCACCAGCGUCCUGACGCCGCUCCCCACCAUCGACUCGCUCGUCGCGGUGUCCCCCGCCCUCGCCCUCGCUGGCGCCCGCGACUUUCCUGGCGUCCAGCUCUGCCGGUUCCCGGGCGACGCCCCUGCCACGGCUUCGGAGGCUCUAUAUUGGCCAGACUCGCCUUCUUCUUCUGUGCUGUCUAUGGCCGCCACAGCGGCCUCAGAAACGGCGUCACAGUGGCUAUUUGCCAGCUUCGAGUCCGCGCGACGGAAUUCGAGCGCCGUGGUGGCGUUCGAUCUGAAUUCUCUGUCACCUGUGCUGGAAAUCGGGAGGAAGGAGGUGUUCGGUGCGGACGUCGAGGCAGCAAUACCACCGACCAAGCUCAGUUGGCUUGCUGGGCACAAUCUCUUGCUUGCGGCCGGAUCGCACUCCGGGCCGGCUGGAAUGGUGGGUGACAUACGCCUGUGGGACGUCCGGGCAAGCUCGACGGUGCCGGUGUGGGAGGUGAGGGAGGAGGAGGAUUGCUUUGCAGAUGUUGCUGCAUCAGACUCACUGUCGGCAUUGUUUAAGGUGGGGGCUGCCUCAGGUGAGGUUUUCAUGGCUGACUUGAGGAGACUUAGUGGUGAUGGCACCAGUGUUGAUCCUUGGGUGUGCAUCGGAGACCGACAAAGGGCCGGAGCUGCCACAGCAUCUCGCAGGAAGGAUGGGAAUAACUGUAGAAUUGAGUGCUACCGUAAUUGGGUGUUUGUGGCACGGGACGCAUAUGUUGAGGUGUGGACACAGGUGGAAAUUACAUCAGAGGCUGGGGAGAAGAAGGUGAUGAGGAAGAACUGGGUAGGGAAUGGGCCAUCGAUGGUCACUGCAGACGGCGAGGAGAAGGCCAAGAUCGUGAGCUGGGCCUUCGGAGGCAGCAGGAUGGCAUUGGCUAGAGUUGAUCAUCGGUCUAUUGAGGUGUGGGAUAGUGCUUCUGGGGCAAUAUCAGGUAAUCUCUGAGCAGAGGAACAAGACUAAACAUGUAAGAAGUCUCAAAUUUGGUUCUGUUCUUGUUCACCUCUAUCAAUGUAGUUUCGGUAUUUGUUUUGUGAUGUUGCAUUAAGGUUUGAGAACGUUCACCUUGUUUUUCCUUUUUUAUUAGGUCAAAGAACAUUCUACACUAUAAUUUUAUAAUCUGCCUAAGUUUUUUAUUACCCAAAGAAAAGAUCAACAGAAUCAUA